AUGGUUCCUGUUAUUUUUCUUUCUAGUUCCUCAUUGAGAAGUGUUUCAACUGGAUCCUCAAGACCUUCUAAAGUGUGUUUGGUGUGUGGGGAUGAAGCAUCUGGAUGCCAUUAUGGAGUAGUUACCUGUGGCAGUUGCAAAGUCUUCUUUAAGAGAGCAGUGGAAGGGCAGCACAAUUAUUUAUGUGCAGGACGGAAUGACUGUAUAAUUGAUAAAAUUCGAAGAAAAAACUGUCCAGCUUGCAGAUUACAGAAGUGUCUUCAAGCUGGAAUGAAUUUGGGAGCCCGGAAGUCGAAAAAGUUGGGCAAGUUAAAAGGAAUCCACGAAGAGCCGCCACCGCAGCAGCAGCAGCAGCCACAGCCACCACAAAGCCCAGAAGAGGGGAUGACGUAUAUUGCUCCAGCAAAAGAACCUUCUGUAAACACAGCACUUGUUCCUCACUUAUCUGCAGUUUCACCAGCACUUACCCCCUCACCUGCUAUGGUUCUAGAGAACAUUGAACCUGAAAUUGUAUAUGCGGGUUAUGAUAGCUCAAAGCCAGAUACAGCUGAACACCUGCUCUCCACUUUAAAUCGUCUCGCUGGCAAGCAGAUGAUUCAGGUGGUAAAAUGGGCAAAGAUCCUCCCAGGAUUUAGAAACUUGCCUCUUGAGGACCAAAUCACUUUAAUACAGUAUUCUUGGAUGUGUUUAUCCUCAUUUGCCUUGAGCUGGAGAUCAUAUAGACAUACAAACAGCCAGUUUCUUUAUUUUGCUCCUGACUUGGUCUUUAAUGAAGAAAGGAUGCGGCAGUCUGCAAUGUUUGAAUUAUGCCAAGGAAUGCACCAGAUCAGCCUUCAAUUUGUUCGUUUGCAGCUUAGCUUUGAAGAAUACACUAUUAUGAAAGUUUUGUUGCUGUUAAGCACAGUUCCCAAGGAUGGUCUCAAGAGCCAAGCUGCAUUUGAAGAAAUGAGGGCAAAUUAUAUUAAAGAACUUAGAAAAAUGGUAACUAAACAUCCAAACAAUUCUGGGCAAAGUUGGCAGCGAUUUUAUCAACUGACAAAGCUCCUGGACUCUAUUCAUGAUGUAAGUAAUUUAACUUACAAUAAAGAUGAAUGUAUUAUAAGAAAGAAUCAUAUAAAUAAUCCCCCUCAAGCUCUAAUAGUUAGAAAAGAUGAGAUGAUACUAGGUCACAUUGUAUGAAGUUAGUACUGCAGUAAUAGCUUCAUUGGCAAAAUAUUUGUUAUGGAAAAAGACUGACAAAACAUAAUAUUUUCACAUAUU